AUGUUCGCCCGCACAGCUCUGCUUCUGGCCUUUGCGCUGAAGCCAGCAUCAGGUGACUGCCCAUCCUGGGGGAAGCCUUUUCCAAGCAACUUAGCGGGAUUGGACAAGAUCAGCUUCGCCAAUUUGUACGAUGUGACCUACUACGACCAGUACAAGGUGGUGGAGUACUCCGCCACCUUAGCACAGUACGACGCAAUGUUUCAUCCGGAGGCAUCGCUGAGGGGCACGAGGAUCCCACCCAUGGUUCUGUACCAGUGCGGCACCACGAAGCCUACGACGGACAUGUCCGGUGUAGCUUCGGACGCCCGCUUCUUCGAGAUUCCCGUGAAGAAUGCCACGGUUGGGUGGGGUGGGCCACUGGCUUUCAUGGAGCUGCUGCAGGGGGUGUUGCAGUCGAUCGACCUCGUCGACAUCCGCUCCAUCUCCUCUCCCUGCAUGCAGCUGUUGGAGGUCUGCUAUCCCGAAACCCACAUUCCCACAUCCCUCCCGGAUUGGUCGGCGAACCCGGAGUGGAAGACGAGGGCAAGCCGCACGGACGUGGUGUUCACAGACGCCGGUGGCUCAGGUUGGGGCGGCGACGCCACGAAGGACGUCCCCUUCAUGGUCUCUCUCGACCGCGGAAGCCUCAGCCGCGCCGAGUGGAUCAAGUUCAUGGCCCUCUUCUACAACGAGGAAGCGCAGGCUGAUCACAUCUUCGAGCAGAUCAAGGCGGACUACAACGCGCUGAAAGCCAUCGGGGACCAGCUCCGCACCGACGCCAGCACCGAGUACAACGGGGCGCAGCCGAAGGUGAUGUUUGUGAACGGUGGAACCUCCAACAGAGUCGUCAAUGCGGCCUACAAGACACAGUUCAUCACCGACGCGGGUGCCCAGGUGGUUCCCUUGCCGGCUGUGGCCCCGGCGGGGUGCAGCUUUACCGCCAACACUGACGGCACGAAGUCGAUGUCUUGUGACAUCCCGGCUGGUGAUGCAGCCUUCACAAGCUUCCUUGCCGAAGCGGAUGUCAUCAUCGACGAGUCCUCCUUGUGGCCGGACUAUGACCCCGCGAAAUACCGAGGUUUUGGCACGAUCUACAACGUCACCGCCGACCAGGUUCCGGCUCUCGCGCGAAACCCACCGAACAUCUUCCGCCUCGAUGGGCAGGUCAGCGAUGCAUUCGGGGACGGAAACAGUCAAGGAAUGAGUUGGUUAGACCUCUCGCAGUCAGAGCCGCAGCAGACCCUGGCGGACCUCAUGGAGGCCAUCUGGGACAGGGACUUCACCAGCACCUGCGGGCAGAAGUACAUGUGGCGGGUUUCCGACCUCAACGCCCAGAAUGUCGUCGGUCACCAGGACUGCCCUCUCUACAGUGCACAGGGGCAAAACGACUGCCAGUCCCUGCACGGCCGCCUUCACAUCCCUCCUAUGUGCAGCGCUGGGAAUGUCUUCGAACCGAUGGAGACGACGACCACAGUUGAAUCGCAGGAGGCGAGCGCCGCGUGCGAAGUGGGAGGUGCGCUUGCACUCGCCGCUUUGGCGCUUGCAGCCCUCUAG